AUGACCCGCCAUCCGCUUCAACGCCUCGCGGCCCCCUCGCGGACCUUCUCCCUGGCCCUACACACGGCGGGCCUCGCGUCGUUCCUCAUGUCGUUCCGCUUCCUCAACGAGCUCCUGCACCCCAUCGCCCACGGCUUCGGCGGCAACUACCAGCACCUGACCAACAUCGGGCUGGCCCUGUCCUUCGCCACCUUCGUGGCCGCCGUGCUGGCCGACCUCACCCUCAGCCCGGCGCUCUUCCGGCUGAAGAACGUCCUCUCCGUCACGUCGGCCCCGCUCGAGGUGCUCAUCACGCUGCUGUACUGGGGCAUCCGCGCCGUCGACAAGAAGCUGCUCUUCCCGCCCGACUUUGAGCUCGCGCUGGUGCCGGAUCUCAGCUUUCAUCUUGCCCCCGCGGUGGCGCUGACGCUGGACUUGCUGCUGCUGAGCCCGCCGUAUACCGUCCCUGCGUAUGGCGCCAUGGCUAUCAGUAUGACCAUUGCGUUCCUGUACUGGGGGUGGGUGGAGUUUUGCUUUAGUUAUAACGGAUGGUAUCCGUAUCCCAUCUUCGCCGUCCUCGACACGGCCCAGCGAGUGGUCCUGUUUACCUUUUCGGCGUCUCUCAUGACUGGUAGCACCGUACUGCUGAAAUGGCUGUAUGGUCGCAUCAACGGGUACGGGAAGAUGGAGAAAGAGGCCCAUAAGCCGCUGAAGAAGGUCCAGUAGGGGAGGUAUCUUCGGGGGGCAUGCGACGUGCCGGGGCCUUGGUUUGUAGUUGUCUUUGUCGUUCGAAAGACCACCAGGGAGCACUUUGAUUGAAGACCAAGAUGGAAAGUUAGACAGCAUCACAGAGUAGCGCAGCCCACUGCAUCCUUCACAUGUCAUGACAUGACCUCAACAGCAGGCAUAGAUACUCGGUAAAGGUGGCACAUGAAUUUCACACAUAUAAGGAGGUUGUUCAGUUUAAGAAGGGAACCAGGUUUAGUAGCGUGUUACUACCGUACGUCCUACGUAUCGUUACCGUGAUACGGAUGAAGUAUCUCCAGUACGAAGUACAGACAAGUACGUAAGGUACCCCUGCAACUGAACCCCCCAUGCACCCCUAU